GCGAUGUCGGACAGUGGGGCGAGCCGCCUGCGGCGGCAGCUGGAGUCGGGGAGCUUUGAGGCGCGGCUGUACGUGAAGCAGCUCUCGCAGCAGUCGGACGGGGACCGGGACCUGCAGGAGCACCGGCAGCGGAUCCAGGCGCUGGCGGAGGAGACGGCGCAGAACCUGAAGCGCAACGUCUACCAGAACUACCGGCAGUUCAUAGAGACGGCGCGGGAGAUCUCCUACCUGGAGAGCGAGAUGUAUCAGCUCAGCCAUUUGCUGACGGAGCAGAAGAGCAGCCUGGAGAGGAAGCAGCGCACUCUCACCACCCUGCUUGAGAAGGUGGAGGGCUGCAGGCACCUGCUGGAGACGCCUGGGCAGUACCUGGUAUACAACGGGGACCUGGUGGAGUACGAGGCGGACCACAUGGCCCAGCUGCAGCGGGUCCACGGCUUUCUCAUGAACGACUGCUUGCUGGUGGCCACCUGGCUGCCACAGCGGCGGGGGAUGUAUCGCUACAACGCCCUCUAUCCCCUGGACGGUUUGGCCGUGGUCAAUGUCAAGGACAACCCGCCCAUGAAGGACAUGUUCAAGCUGCUGAUGUUUCCCGAGAGCCGCAUUUUUCAGGCGGAAAAUGCGAAAAUCAAACGGGAGUGGCUGGAAGUGCUGGAGGAAACCAAGAGGGCCCUCAGCGAGAAGAGACGAAGGGAGCAGGAGGAGGCCGCAGCUCCUCGAGGGCCCCCCCAGGUGACGGCCAAAGCCAGUAACCCGUUUGAGGAUGAAGAGGACGAUGAGCCCGCCGCUCCUGAGGUCGAAGAAGAGAAGGUGGACCUCUCGAUGGAAUGGGUCCAGGAGUUACCUGAAGACCUGGAUGUCUGCAUUGCCCAGAGGGACUUUGAAGGGGCCGUUGACCUGCUGGAUAAGUUGAACCAUUACCUGGAAGAUAAGCCCAGCCCACCUCCUGUAAAAGAACUAAGGGCCAAAGUGGACGAGCGGGUCCGACAGUUGACCGAGGUGCUGGUUUUUGAACUCUCCCCAGAUCGGUCCCUGAGAGGUGGUCCGAAGGCUACUCGCCGGGCAGUUUCUCAGCUCAUCCGGCUUGGCCAGUGCACAAAGGCCUGUGAGCUGUUUCUGAGAAACAGGGCGGCAGCUGUGCAUACGGCCAUCCGUCAGCUUCGCAUCGAAGGUGCCACUUUACUCUAUAUUCAUAAGCUGUGUCAUGUCUUCUUUACCAGCCUUCUUGAGACUGCGAGGGAAUUUGAGACGGAUUUCGCAGGCACCGACAGUGGCUGCUACUCUGCCUUUGUGGUCUGGGCAAGGUCGGCCAUGGGCAUGUUUGUGGAUGCUUUUAGCAAGCAGGUGUUUGAUAGCAAGGAGAGCCUCUCUACAGCAGCUGAGUGUGUCAAAGUGGCGAAGGAGCACUGUCAGCAACUGGGUGACAUCGGACUAGACCUCACCUUCAUCAUCCAUGCCCUUCUGGUGAAAGACAUCCAAGGGGCCUUGCACAGUUACAAAGAAAUCAUAAUCGAAGCCACUAAACAUCGCAACUCUGAGGAGAUGUGGAGGAGAAUGAACUUGAUGACCCCAGAGGCGCUGGGUAAACUCAAAGAGGAGAUGAAGAGUUGUGGGGUGAGUAGCUUUGAGCAGUACACAGGAGAUGACUGCUGGGUGAACCUGAGUUACACAGUGGUUGCCUUUACCAAACAGACCAUGGGCUUCUUGGAAGAGGCCCUGAAGCUGUAUUUCCCAGAGCUGCACAUGGUACUUUUGGAGAGCCUGAUGGAAAUCAUUUUGGUCGCUGUUCAGCACGUGGAUUAUAGUCUUCGCUGUGAGCAGGAUCCAGAGAAGAAGGCUUUUAUCAGACAGAACGCAUCCUUUCUGUAUGAAACAGUCCUCCCUGUGGUGGAGAAAAGGUUUGAGGAAGGUGUAGGGAAACCUGCCAAGCAACUCCAGGACCUGAGGAAUGCAUCCAGGCUUAUUCGUGUGAAUCCCGAAAGCACAACCUCAGUGGUCUGAUGCUUGGAUCUGUUUAUAUGUAUGCGUAUAUAUUGCUUCUAUAUUAUUUAUAUUUAUGUUAAAUUGCAUUAGCAUUUUCUCUGUAGUCUCAAACACAGCUUAACAAUAAAAGAUGACCUCUCAGAUAGAAAUCCAAAAGUAGAAAGAAAAAAAAAUGUUAAUUAAGCCCAAAUAACAAAAACAUUGCAAUUAAUAAAAUAAUAUAAUAUGCUUUCCUUUUAAAUUAUGCUAACUCUCUAAUGAACAUAUUGUCACACUGUAUCAUUUCAGUUUAUCCUUUGAGUCAAAACAUACUUUCUCAUAGGAUAUAUUAUGCAGCCCAGGGAAAUAAUAUCUAUAAGUAUUUUAUGAAAAGUUUCCCAGUUCACUAAAAUGUUAGAUUUCUUCAAGGGUAUAGUGCCAUACAAGACACCCUCCUUCAUGUACUUCCCCACCUUAAAAUGUGAUUGAACAAUUCUGGACAAUGAAAGGAGGAGUUGAGAAAAUUGGUUUUAGGGUAAAUUUUGUUAAGAAUUUCUUCCUGAAAUUAGCUAGUUUGUGCACUCAAAUACUCUGAUCCUUAUAGAAUACAAGAGGAAGCUUUCAUAAAGCAGUUCAGACAUUUCCAAUGUGAUUCAAAUGGCUAAUUGUUUUUAGCUGCUAAUUAACAGCUUUAUAAUAUUUGAUUUGGGAGCAGUUACUUGAAAAUCUUAAGGAUUAUGACAAAUAUUUUUUCCAACAUAUUCCUGAACUGUGUGACUGUCCAGCUGGAGCUUUUGUCUUUAUCAUUAAAAAAAUAAAAAUAAAAAACAGGACACAUUGAGGAACCUGGCAGCACCAGUGAUUUUUAGCUGUCCCUUCCCCCCUAUUCUAUAGUGGCUCACACUUCAUACAAAUUCAUUGAAAUACUUAUUUUAGAUUUCUGGUGGAUGGGAAAUUAGAAAAAAUCAUAUGCAAACUCCAUAGUGUUCUCAAGUAUAACUGCUUUGAGCAGAGAAAAGUUUUUAAUUUUCACAUAACAGAAUGGAAAACAGAAAGAUGAGACAGUGCACCCAAAACAAAGGGAGGAAGAGAACCUUUUGGUGACUCCUAAAAUGCUCCAGUCUGCAUUUUUAUUGUUUUAUCUUUUAUUUUACUUACUUUGUUUUUUACAGUGAACAUAAUGCUUACUUCAGAUUGUUUAGUAAAACAAAAAUAACUAAAGAAAUUUUAAUUUCCCAAGAUUUCUAAUCUAUUGCUUCAAUUGUAUAUUGGUUGUAUAACAUUCCUCAUACUCUGAGAGAAAUUGUGCCAGCUGAGAUCCAUUUUCCCCCAGUUUCUAGUUGUGAUUCUUGUCCCUAGGUGCAAUUUCUGAUCCUAAUUACUUCAAAAGGUCAUUUCUUUUAUCUGAAUUAGUGGUAUUAAGACUGUGGGAAUUAUGUAAAACCUCAAAUAGCUUCCAAAUACUGGCUUAAUGUUGUAAAGCUCCUUGAGUUAAUUUUUCUCAUGCCAGAGGACCCUUUUAUUUUAUUUUUAGCUAUGCCUACUUAAAAGGUUGAAAAUUACCAGAGUUACAGAUUUCUUUGACUAAUUUUUUACAUAACUUUAGGAUUUUCUAGAUAAUAACCACACUGGAUAUCUCAGCUGAACAAAAAGAAUUAUAAUUUGUCUCUUUUAAGAUCACUGGAAACUUGAAUUUGAUAAAAAAAAUUGCAAUUAUUUUGUGCCACUUACAGUUUCUAAAAUGAUAUUGUAUGGAACACAUAUUGUGUAAAUAUUUGACGCUGGGUACAUAAAAUGAUCCUUCUGAAAUCAGAACUUUUGAGGCUUGAAGUUGUAAAAACUUAAAUGUAUACACUCCGAUAUUUAAAUGGUUGUUCUUCAUAGAACUGUCUGCUUUUGAAAACUGGAAGCUGCAGCUGAAGGGAGUAUGCUUUGGGUGCAUCAGUUGGUGUGGGAGGUUGAUUAAAGACCACCAGUGUUAAGAGUGUGCCUUCGUGCCAGGACAGAGCAAUUACAUUGUGGGUCUUCAGAGUGAGGGCAGAGCUCUCCUCUCUGAUUCUUGUUUCAUUGGACUCCAAAGCAAGUUCUAAAACUUGAACGCACUUAGAGAUUGUCCAGAAUGUAGCACAUACCGUACUGUACCACUGAAGGGUUGAUUGCCGCAUUUGCUGGCCUCAGACAUAACACUGUCACUUGCGCUUGGAAUCACAGACUUGAUUGAACUCAUUAUUGUUGAAAAAGGACACCCUGUGGAAUUAAGUUUCUUUUUGAUUAAAGCCUCAUGUCAUGUAAGGGCUGAGAACUCACUCACUUUUGUUUAAAAUACUACCUAUAGCUAACUGAUCAGCAUUUGUAUUUUGUAACUUGCUUACCUAGGAUUGGGAAUUUGGCACUUGACAUGCAGUAUAAAAUCAGUCUAAUGUACAUUUUGCCUAUUGGUAUGCUGUGAUAUGAGGGAAUCUGAAAUGUUUAUUAAAAUAAAGCUGACAAUUUUUCUUACACUGGAUAAAAUUGGUUGAUAAUACCAUGUUCUACUCUGUCUCUUCUUUAAUCAUGAUUUAAUAUUCCUAUGUCCUUGUUACUGAAAUACAGUUUUAAACAGCA